AAAACAACAGUUGUAAUUCCUUCGUACAAAAUGGCGAACGUUCAACAGCGUCGCAGGAAAAACUUAUUAAACGACCAUUUGCUGGACAAUCUGCGUGAAUAUUAUCGAAAACACGUCUUGAACGAAGAGCCGACUGACGAUGGACAUUUGGUUACCUACGAAUCGCGUCAAGUGUUGAAAGCUAUGGCGGCGUGCAACUGGGAUAUCUGGGCGUAUUUGGAGCGCCAACAAACACCCCCAUGCAACAAAUGCGCGGCUUGCAGAAGGUACGCGGAUGAUGUGGAUUUUGUUGAUGACUCUUGCCUUGAUAAUUCCGUUGACACGACCAACGACAAUUCGGAAGAGUCCGAAGAUUCCGACGAGGACAUUGGAGAGGAGAAAAAAUUACCUUUUACAGUGAAAAUACGUUGGGACGAUUACAAAAACGCGACUAAUGACUUGAAGAUUUACUUCACUAAUUCGUUUAGGAAACCAGAUGCGAGGAAAAAUCUUUGGGGGAUGAAGUUAAAUGGCAAAAAGAAGCAAAAUCUAAAUGCCGAACAGAAGGUUAUGAUGGAUAUUAUUGAAUGUGUUUCGACUAAAUUCUUCGUCAGUUUUCAAUCGGUGCGAAGAGUCCUUGAUUCUUGUUUGUUGACUUGUUACAAAUGUUAUAAUUGUUAAUUAAUUUUUGUAUAGUAUCUGGAUACUAUGUAUGUACACGUACUAGGAAUUGUAUGUAUGUUUUUUAGACUAAUAUAAUAUUUACUUAAUAAACCAAUACAAUUACAA